UUCCUCCUCAAUAAACCCUCUACUCUACCUUUGUAACCAUUUUGGCAUAUUUUUCUUCUCUUUUUUUCUUACCCCGUAACUUUUUAUAUCAUAAUUAUGUUCUUGGUAAACCAAACUUAUCUUUGUUAAUCCCUCUCUUUCCCCUUUGGUCGUUAAUAAUUGCUCUUAUAAAUCGUUAAACACGUUCAACACAAUUUAAUUAACGUGUUGUUAUUUCCAUCCAAGAUGGAUCCAGCUGAACUACGACGUGUUUUCCAAAUGUUUGAUCGCAAUGGUGAUGGAAAGAUCACAAGGCAAGAACUAGCAAACUCUCUAGAAAACCUUGGGAUAUAUAUACCAGAUGAUGAUCUUGCCCAAAUGAUUGAAAAAAUCGAUGUAAAUAAGGAUGGGUUUGUUGACAUGGAAGAGUUUGGUGAGCUUUAUCAGACGAUAUUAGGGGAGAGGGAUGAGGAAGAGGAUAUGAGAGAGGCGUUUAAUGUGUUUGAUCAAAAUAGAGACGGGUUCAUCACUGUGGAAGAGCUUAGAUCUGUAUUGGGUUCUCUCGGGUUAAGGCAAGGUCGAACCGUUGAGGAGUGUAGGCUGAUGAUCAAGAAGGUCGAUGAAGAUGGUGAUGGAAUGGUUAACUUUAAAGAGUUCAAGCAAAUGAUGAAAGCCGGUGGUUUUGCGGGUUUGGAGACUUGAUUAAUUAUUCAUCGAAUUAAAUUAGUUUUAUUUCAUUCUAUGAUUUAAUUCUCUUUUAUUGAACACUGUACAGAUAUUCAGCCUUGAUCUUAACAAUUAUUCAUUAAUAUAUAAGUUUACUAUUCGUGUGUUA